AUGUCGACUCACAGACGUGGUCGCGGGCGAGGUAGAGGUAGGAUAGGCACCGUUACUCCUGGCCCGGCAGGGAAUGAUCCAGUAGACUUCAUGGCUGCCCUAGGAAAUAUGGCUGCGGCUAUGCAGGCGACAGCCGAGGUACUGGGUAAUCAGAUAAACCAGGGUAAUCACGGGAACAAUAAUGAUGAGAACGGUCCUAUGACACUUGCUACAUUUCUAAAAGUUCACCCUCCGACCUUCAGGGGAACCUCAAAUCCCACUGAUGCAGACAAUUGGAUUCAGGCUAUGGAACGGGCACUGCAGGCUCAACAGGUUCCUGAGGAGCAAUGGGUUGAGUUUGGAACUUAUCAGCUGCAGGGUGAGGCUCAGUAUUGGUGGCAGGGGACACGACGUAUUCUGCAGCCAGAUGGCGCUGUGAUUCCUUGGGAGGUUUUCCGAACAGAGUUUGAGGAGUUAUGUCGCUUUUCUCGUAUCUGUCACGGUGCACUUGAAGAUUUUGCUGAAUGGAAGUGUAUUAAAUAUGAGGGAGGUCUUCAAAGCGAUAUUCUGAGCUUCAUUGCCCCAAUGGAGAUCAGAGUGUUUUCUGAAUUGGUGAAUAAGAGUAGGGUGGCUGAGGAUUGUCUGAGGAAGGCGACAUCAGAUAAGGGUAAUCAGCGAGUUUUUGUUAGGAGAGAUCAGGGAAGAAACUUCGCCCCUAGAGGACAAGAUUUUAAGCGAGGCGGUUAUACCCCACAACCACAUUUGGGUCAGAAUAACUUCCAGAGAUUCAGUAAUAACAACAGCCAGGAAAGAGGCAAAGGAAAGCAAGCUCAGACCCCACCGAAUGAUCUAACUUGUAGGAGGUGUGGAAAGUACCACCCGAAUACUCCGUGCAGAGCUGGUUUAGGUGUAUGA